GUUUUAAGAGCUCGUUCGGAUCGGAUGUAUUUUCAUUUUUUUCUCGUAAUUUAAAAAGUGUUAACUUUAAAGUGGAUUAAAAGAGAUUCAGUUGUGUUUCAAUAUCAAGAAUAAAAAAUAUCACAAAAAAAUGGAUUUUACUGAAUCAAACAUGAAACUGUCAACGACACCUUUCUCAAUCAACGAUAUUUUAACCAGCAAUAAUCAACAAAAUUUAUCGAAGAAAAUAAAGCAAUUUUGUCGAUUUCGUCGGAGUUCCUUGGAUUGUUUUAUUGUCUCAAAAGAUGAUCAAGCAUCUCAUAUCAAUGAGUCAAGUGAUAAAAGUUACGUGCAAUUAUUUAACAACAAUAAUCCAUUGGAUAUGCGAUGUCGUCAUAGUGAUAUUAAUGUAUCAGACUGCGAAAGCCCACCCGCAAGUCACCCGUCAAACUUUCAAAUGAGCGGCAAGCAAACUGAGGAUGGGACGUGUAAUCGAAAGAAGCGUAGUCGGGCUGCCUUUAGUCACGCUCAAGUAUUCGAGCUUGAAAGAAGAUUUUCGGUUCAAAGAUAUUUGUCGGGACCUGAAAGAACGGAACUUGCGAAAUCAUUAAGAUUGACUGAGACUCAAAUCAAAAUUUGGUUUCAGAAUCGUCGUUAUAAAACAAAACGAAAGCAAAUUCAGCAACAUGAAGCAGCAUUAAUAGCAGCAUCAAAAAGAGUUGUUCCCGUACAAGUUUUGGUUCGUGACGAUGGAAGUUAUUGUCGAAUGAUGAAUUCUUCAGCUCCAGGAUAUUCACCAAAUGCAAUUGACCCAGCGUUAUUCAACAAACUUAAUUUAACUGAUAUUUAUAGACAACAGUUUCAAAUGGCUUAUGGUUUACAUCCGCAACUUUAUCCUUAUCUUUAUGCACCCAAAAACACUCUGACACUUCCUUCAUCUUAUGAUCUAUCAGAAAAUGUUCAUAAUCAACGUCAAAAAUCAAAUCCAAAAGAAAGAGACGAUGUCGAUGACAGAAAUAAUCGCGAUGACACUUCGAUUGAAAAAGGCGACGAUGAUUGUACAAUCGAUGAAAAUGAAAAUGUGGAAAUUGAUUAAAAAAGAUAUCAACGAUCAUAUCUAAUGUUCACAUGGUGUGUAAAAACAAGUUUAAAUAAUUUUCAAUAAAUGUACAUCAAUGGAUAAAGAGUUA